CUCAGCUCGGACCUGAGUCUGGUCAGAUCAAGUUGUGAUGCUUCUGGGAUUACAGAGGGUCCCCAGCUCAGUCUCCAUGGGGCUGCUGCUGCCGCUGCUACAGGCCACUCUAGAGCUAUUGCUUCUUUUGUGGCUGCCGGCAGCAUCCACCAACCUGGACGGGCAGUGCCCACCAAUACCCUUCGCCGCCUCCAGAGACUUUAAUGUAGAGUAUACGGUUCCGACCUUCUCCGCAGGGGGCCAGGUACAAGCCACAGCAGCCUACGAGGACAGUGAAGAUGGGAGUGCGGUGUUUGUGGCUACACGUAAUCGCCUGCACGUGCUUGGGCCUGACCUGCAGUAUAGAGAGAGCCUGACCACUGGCCCUGUCGGGGACCCGGACUGCCAGACUUGUGCGAGCUGUGGUCCAGGCCAUCAUGGACCACCAAACGACACAGACACAGUAGUGCUGGUGAUGGAGCCGGGUUUGCCAGCCCUGGUUAGCUGUGGCUCAACCCUACAGGGUCGUUGUUUCCUGCAUGAGCUGGAGCCUCGGGGGAAAGCGCUGCACUUAGCUGCACCAGCCUGCCUCUUCUCAGCAAACAACAACCAGCCAGAGGCCUGCCCUGACUGUGUGGCUAGCCCCCUGGGCACUCGCGUGACUGUGGUGGAGCAGAACCAUGCCUCCUACUUCUACGUGGCAUCUUCACUGGACCCAGAGUUGGCCAAAAGCUUUAGCCCACACUCAGUAUCCAUCCGUCGCCUUAAGGCUGAUGCUUCUGGAUUCCAACCAAGCUUUCCUUCGCUGUCGGUGCUGCCCAAAUAUCUGGCUUCCUACCAUAUCAAAUACAUGCACAGCUUCCACUCAGGAAAAUUUGUCUACUUUCUGACUGUGCAACCUAUCAGUGUCACAAGCCCUCCCGGUGCCCUGCAAACGGUUCUGGCCCGGCUCAAUGCUGUAGAGCCAGAGAUGGGCGACUACCGGGAACUGGUCUUGGACUGUCAUUUUGCACCAAAACGCCGCCGCCGCCGCCAAAGUGGAGUCCCAGAGAGCACACAGCCCUACCCAGUGCUUCAGGCAGCCCAUUCUGCUCCGGUGGACGCCAAACUGGCUGUGGAGUUGAGCAUCCCAGAGGGCCAGGAAGUGCUAUUCGGGGUCUUUGUGGCCGUCAAGGACAGUAGCUCUGGCAUGAGCCCCAAUUCUGUUGUAUGUGCCUUCCCCAUUUACCAGCUGGACGCCCUCAUUGAAGAGGGUGUAGAAUCCUGUUGUAACUCUUCAGGUGACUCUUCCGUGUCAAGAGGCCUUGACUUCUUCCAGACACCCAGUUUUUGUCCUAAUCCGCCUGGUGUGGAGGCCUCCAGCCCCAGCUUCCGAUGCCACUACUUCCCUUUGCGAGUCAGCGGCAGGUUGUCACGCGUGGACCUGUUCAAUGGCCUGUUAGGAUCAGUGAAGGUCACUGCGCUGCACGUGACACGCCUUGGCAAUGUUACAGUGGCCCACAUGGGCACUGCUGACGGGCGUAUCCUGCAGGUGGAGAUAGCCAGGUCACUCAACUAUUUGCUGUAUGUGUCCAACUUCUCCCUGGGCAGCAGCGGACAGCCUAUUCAGAGGGAUGUCAGCCGCCUUGGGAAUGACCUACUCUUUGCCUCUGGGGACCAGGUCUUCAAGGUUCCUAUCCAGGGCCCUGGCUGCCGUCAUUUUCUCACCUGUUGGCGUUGCCUGAGAGCACAGCGUUUCAUGGGAUGUGGCUGGUGUGGGGACAGGUGUGGCCGGCAGAAGGAGUGUCCAGGUUCCUGGCAACAGGACCACUGUCCACCUGAGAUCACUGAGUUCUAUCCUCACAGUGGACCUCUGAGGGGCAGUAUGAGGCUUACCUUGUGUGGCUCCAACUUCUACACACGACCUGGUGGUGUAGUAUCUGAGAGAACACACCAGAUCACCGUGGGCCAAAGUCCCUGCCAACUGCUGCCUAAGGACUCUUCAAGCCACAGGCCAGGGCUCCACAAGGAAUUUAUAGAGGAACUUAAAUGUGAGCUGGAGCCCCUGGCCACCCAAGCAGCAGGGACUACAAAUGUCAGCCUCCUCAUCACUAACAUGGCAGCCGGCAAGCACUUUCGAGUGGAAGGCAUCUCUGUGCGGGAAGGCUUCUCUUUCAUGGAGCCAGUGCUGACUUCAAUAAAACCUGACUUUGGCCCACGGGCUGGGGGCACUUAUCUCACCCUUGAAGGCCAGAACCUGUCUGUAGGCACCAGCCGAGCUGUGCUGGUCAACGGAACUCAGUGCCAGCUAGAACAGGUCAGUGAGGAACAGAUUUUAUGUGUCACACCUCCUGGAGCUGGCACAGCCAGGGUUCCUAUUCACCUGCAGAUAGGGGGUGCUGAGGUGCCAGGCUCCUGGACCUUUCAUUACAAGGAAGACCCCAUUGUGUUGGACAUCACUCCCAAGUGUGGCUACAGUGGCUCCCAUGUCAUGAUCCAUGGCCAACAUCUGACUUCAAUAUGGCACCUUGCACUAUUAUUCCAUGAUGGACAAAGGACAGUGGAGAACAGGUGCGCAGAGCAGUCUCUGGAACAGCAGCGUCAGUGCCGCCUGCCUGAAUAUGUGGUCCGAAAUCCUCAGGGAUGGGCAACAGGGAACCUGAGCAUCUUGGGGGAUGGAGCAGCUAUCUUCACACUGCCUGGUUUUCGCUUCCUGCCCCCUCCCAGUCCACCCAGAACUGGCCCAGCCCGGCUGAAUCCCGAAGAGCAUUCAGUUAAGGUUGAGUAUAUUGGGCUGGGCGCUGUGGCAGACUGCGUGACUAUGAACGUGACAGUGGGUCAUGAGAUCUGCCAACACGAGCUCCGCGGGGAUGUGGUGAUCUGUCCCCUGCCUCCCUCCCUGCAACUCGGCAAGGAAGGUGCCCCACUGCAGGUCUGUGUAGAUGGUGGGUGCCAUACCCUGGGCCAAGUGGUUCAGUCAAGCCCAGGCAGGGCCUCACAGAGUACACUCCUUAUCGCUCUGUUGGCCUUGAUCCUGCUCGUGGCUGCACUGGCCAUCGCGUUGGUCUUCAACUCCCGGAGACGGAAAAAACAGCUAGUCCUGGCUCCUAACCUGGAUGACCUGGCAUCACUGGAUCGGUCUCCCAGAGCCAUGUCUCUGUCUAUAUUCCGUUCUGACUCUGACUACAGAAGUGGCCUUGGUGAGAUGGUGGGAGGCACUAGAAGCCAGGGCUUGCCUAUCCCCACAAGCCUUCACUCCCUCUCCCCACCAACACUCUGUGACAUCGAUGAUACAGCUUCCAGCUCUCUGAGCCAUGAAGAAUCUUCAGAUGGUAGGGAUGGGACAAAUGUCCCGCUGCUACGGACAGAGUCUAUCCGGCUCAAGGAUCUGGACAGGACGCUCCUGGCUGAGGUCAAGGAUGUACUGAUUGCCCAUGAGCGAGUAGUCAUCCAUAGUGACCAAGUCAUUGGUAAAGGCCACUUUGGUGUCGUCUACCAUGGAGAAUAUACAGACGAGGCACAGAAUCAAAUCCACUGUGCCGUCAAGUCGCUGAGCCGCAUCACAGAGGUCCAGGAGGUGGAGGCUUUCCUGCGGGAGGGGCUGCUCAUGCGUGGCCUCCAUCACCGGAACAUUCUGGCUCUCAUUGGCAUUGUGCUGCCCUUGGAGGGGCUUCCCCUGGUGCUGCUCCCCUACAUGCGCCACGGAGACCUGCUUCAUUUCAUCCGCUCCCCUCAGAGGAACCCCACCGUAAAGGACCUCAUCAGCUUCGGCCUGCAGGUAGCCUGUGGCAUGGAGUACCUGGCAGAGCAGAAGUUUGUGCACAGAGACCUGGCUGCUAGGAACUGCAUGCUGGACGAGUCAUUCACAGUCAAGGUGGCUGACUUUGGUCUGGCACGCGACAUCCUAGACAAGGAAUACUACAGUGUUCAACAGCAACGCCAUGCUCGCCUGCCUGUCAAAUGGAUGGCCCUGGAGAGCCUUCAGACCUACAGGUUCACCACCAAGUCUGAUGUGUGGUCAUUUGGUGUGCUUCUGUGGGAACUGCUAACACGGGGUGCCCCACCAUACCCCCAUAUCAACCCUUUUGACCUCACUCACUUCCUGGCUCAGGGCCGACGCCUGCCUCAGCCUGAGUACUGUCCCAAUUCACUGUACCAGGUGAUGCUGCGAUGCUGGGAGGCUGAACCAGCAGCACGACCCACCUUCAGAGGCCUAGUGAUGGAAGUAGAGCAGGUAGCGGCAUCACUGCUCGGGGACCACUAUGUGCAGCUGUCCACAGCUUAUGUGAACCUAGGCCCCAGUGCUGUGGACGAUGUGAAUAUGCUUCCAGAACAGUCACAGGCCUCACCUCAUCGUCACAGAGCCACAUCCAGGCCCCGGCCUCUUUCAGAGCCACCUCUGCCCACUUGACCGAAGCCCUAACUAGGCCACAGGGACUAGACCUGUCAAGUGGCCUUGAACUAACCUCAAGCAAGCUGCCUCUGGGCUAUGACAAACUGAAGGGCAUUGGACCUCUCCACCUUUUAACUUUUUGGGGCUACUAGAGGUGGGGAACAAGGGCCCAUUUAAACCCCUCACUCCAGCAUGAGCCAGUGUAUUUUUUUUUUUUGUAGCAUGUAUUUAUGGAAUAUUUGUUUUGUACCUGUCUGCUGAGCACAGAGGACUCGGCAAUGACCAUAGAGACACCACAGUGUAAACCACUAAAAAAAUAAAU